AUGUUAACUUCCUAUAGGAAUAUUUGGGUGUUGGAAAUAUCUGCUGCGCCCAGAGAGAGGAUUGGAGUACCAAAUGUAAAGUUACUUGGCAAUAUUCACGGCAAUGAACCUCUAGGAAAAGAAAUGAUACUUUUGCUGGCAGAGUACUUACUUUCACAUUACACCUCAAAUAGAAGAGUCCAAUGGCUUUUGAAUAAUACUAGGAUUCACCUUUUGCCAAGUGCAAAUCCAGAUGGUUUUGAGAAAGCUUCUGUGAGCUGCGGUGAACUAAAUAAUAUUCGAGACGUGGAUCUGAAUUCUAAUUUUCCUGACAUUUUUGAAAGUAACGAUAUACCAAGACAGGAAGAAACUAAAGCAAUUAUGAAAUGGCUACAUGAUAUCCCAUUUGUACUCUCUGGAAGUAUACAUACCAGUGCUCUUGUUGUUACUUACCCUUACGAUAGUAAACCAUACAAUAUUACAGAAGGACCUUCACUGACUCCAGAUGAUGAUACAUUUAAGUAUCUGGCAUCAGUUUAUGCAUCUACACAUCCACGAAUGCACAAGGAGGCACAAUGUCCCACAAUUAAGAAAAAGUUCGCAAAUGGGACAAUUAAUGGAGCAGAAUGGUUAAGCAAAAAAGGUACAAUGCAAGAUUUUAAUUAUGUUAUCCAUGGUUGCAUGGAAUUAUCUCUCGUCAUAUCUUGUUGUCGAUACCCACAUCCUGCAGAUUUAUCAAUAUAUUGGAAAGAUAACAGAGAGCCUAUGUUAAAAUUUUUAAGUCAAGUGCACAUGGGAGUUCAAGGUUUAAUAUUAAAUGGAAUAACAAAUUUAACUAUUGCACAUGCAAAACUAAUGAUUGUUGGAAGAAACAUUACAUUUAGCAGUACAAAAUAUGGAGAAUAUUGGAGAAUUUUGUUACCUGGAAAAUACAAAAUUCAGGCUUCUGUUGAAGGUUAUCAAACCAAAAUAAUGGACUUUGAAGUGAAAGAGAGUCUUCUUGAUGAAUUGCACAUGACAUGGUUAAACAUUACAAUGACCCCAUGUCCUAGUGAUGAAUAUUAUAAAUUGAGAAAAGAAAUCUGUAUGCCAGUUACACCCUCUGACAAAAUAUCAAACAAUAAGGCAAAAAAGGAGCAUUAUGGAAAUGAAAAUCAAACAGAAUCAUUUCAAAUUGACCAUCAGAUUACACUGCCAACAUUGCAUGGAACUAAAGGAGAUUUUCUAGGUCAAACUAAUCAAAGAAUGCAGUCACUUGCAGACAAUGCAUCUCCCAAGAGCCUUAACUGGAGGGUUGUAAAUCUGAUGACAGGAAUAUAUCUGAACCAAGUUACUUCUCACUUGUGGAAAAUUUCUUCAUAACAAUCUGCAUGCUUUUCAAUUACAUAAGACAAUCUUGCUUUUAAACUGUCAUUUAAAAUUUUUGUACGAAGUGUACAAAGAAAAGAUUAAACAUGUUCCUAGUAUUCUAGUUAAAUAAUUAAAGACUUUGUAAAUAUAAUUAAAAUAAAAUAUCCAAUCAAAGUAUUGCAACAACAUUGCUUCUUUAACUUUUUGUAUUGUUGAUCACUGAAAUAUAUAUUUUAUUAUAGCACCUGUGUAUUUCUUUUAGAAUAUUUGGUAAACUAGAACAGAGAGAAUAAAAAGCAACUUCUUUGUUUUAAUUUAACUAUACAAAGUGCACAUACACAUUAACUCUGAUCUUAUGGGACUAUAAAAGUCCCA